AUGGAGACAGAUGACAGAAUUGCAAUUGUAGGAAUUGGUUGCAACUUUCCAGGGGGUGAAGGAACUGACAACUUCUGGCGGGUACUUGUGAAAGGCCGAAACUGUACAGCAGAGAUACCAUCUGAAAGGUUUAACACUGAACAAUGGUAUGAUGCAAAUGAUAACAUGCCUGGUAAAAGUCGGACAAAAGAAGCAGCUCUUAUUGAAGGAUUUAAUGAAUUUGACAACAAGUUAUUUGGAAUCAGUGAUGCAGAAGCCGAACGCAUAGACCCUCAACAAAAAUUACUCCUAGAAUGUUCCUAUAGAGCCCUGGAGGAUGCUGGAAUCCCAACUGAGGAUGUGGCAGGAUCCAGAAUUGGUGUUUUUGUUGGUCUUAUGAAUCAAGACUUUACAACUAUGCUUCACAACUUUCCAAAUACUUUGAACCAUUAUGAUGCCACUGGAUCUGCAGCAAGUAUUGCUGCAAACAGAAUCUCAUAUGCUUUUAACUUAACUGGACCAUCCCUUUCUAUAGAUACUGCCUGUUCAUCAUCUCUUGUUGCCCUACAUUUCGCCUGCCUUGCAAUUAAACAAGGGGACUGUGAGGCAGCUCUUUGUGGAGGUGCGAGUUCUAUUUUAGACCCUGUAAUAUACGUAGUAUUGAGUAAAGCCAAAAUGAUAUCUCCUGAGGGGAUAAGUAGACCCUUUUCUAAAACAGCAAAUGGUUAUGGAAGAGGAGAAGGCUGUGGCAUUGUCUUAGUGAAGCCACUAAGGAAGGCACUGGAAGACUGCAACAAAAUCUGGGGUGUUAUCAACUUCAGUGCAGUGAAUCAGGAUGGACGAUCAGUAACUCCUAUCACCAGGCCCUCUCAGAAACAACAGGAGAAACUCCUAGAGAGCAUUUACUCAAGUCAUAUCAACCCAUCAAUUGUGCAGUACAUCGAAGCGCAUGGGACAGGAACACCUGCUGGAGACCCUACUGAAGCAGAGAGCAUAGGCAACAUUAUUGGCAGAAGAAGACCUAGAAAUGCACCUCCUCUGAAAAUUGGUUCAGUGAAAGGCAACAUUGGUCAUACUGAGUCAGCUGCCGGAGUAGCAGGCCUAAUUAAAGUUGUUUUGAUGAUGAAACAUGAAAAGAUAGUCCCAUCUCUCCACUAUUCAGAAAGUGGGAGUAGCAUAAACACAGAAAAGUUAAAUCUCUCCAUUCCAACAGAAGUAGAGAAAUGGGAAGAGUCUUUAGAAUUUGGCAGAGUUGCUGGCAUAAACAGCUUUGGAUAUGGAGGGACCAAUGCCCACGUUAUUGUCAAGCAGUUUAAGCAGCAACCUCAGCAUAUACCUUCUAAAAGGCCCUAUGAAAUAUUGAUACUUUCUGCAGCUUCCAGUAAGUCCCUCAAGCUCAUAAUGGAAGACACAGCUCAACAACUGCGUCAGAAUGACCAUGUGUCUCUACAGAAUCUGACCUAUACAUCUGCCUGUAGAAGAAGCCAUGCCAACUACAAAUACAGAAAAGCUUUUGUGACAACUUCCUUAGGAAAUCUGCAGCAACAACUUAUUUCAGCAACUGGAGUCCAAACAUCUCACACAAAAGGGACUCCUCAAUUAGUAUAUGUGUUCUGUGGUAAUGGAGCCCAUUACAAGGGAAUGGGCAAGGUCUUGCUUAGGUCAGAACCAGUGUUCAGAGAAAAAUGCCAAGAAAUCUCUAAUUUGUUUCUCCAAUAUGCACCUAUCAGGCUGCUGGAUUUGAUAGAGGAAGAAUUUGAUGAUUUUUCAAGACCUGAAAUCGCCCAGCCCCUCCUCUUCCUAAUCCAGGUGGCUUUAGCAUCCCUCCUGAAGUUCUGGGGCAUUGAACCCAUUACUAUUGUGGGACAUUCAGUUGGAGAAAUAGCUGCUGCCCACUGUGCCGGGCAUCUUACCCUUGAGGAUGCUGUGAAGGUUAUUUACUACAGGAGUAACUUACAGGCAAAGGUCACUGGAGGGAAAAUGCUAGUAGCUGGAAAUAUUCCCAUUGAGGAAAUCUCAAAAUCCUUAGACCCCCACUCUGGAAAGGUAUGCAUUGCAGCCUUCAAUAGUCCCAAUUCCUGUACAUUGUCUGGAGAAGCAGAUGCAAUAAAUGCACUUCGUGAAGAACUACUUCAGCAAUUUGGGGCAAGGAAUAUAUUUCUCUUUGACUUAAAAGUCCCUGCUGCUUAUCACAGCCAUAUGAUGGACCCAAUAAUCACAGAUAUUACAGAGAGUAUAAAGGAUUUGGUGAGGCAAGAGCCAGAAGUGGAAAUUAUCUCAACAGUGACAGGACAAAGAGCUUCUGUAGAGGAUUUCACGACAAGUAAAUAUUGGGCCAAGAACAUUCGAGAACCAGUUUCUUUCACACAGGCCAUCAAAGCUUCAGCUCAAGGAAAGGACAAUAUAAUGUUCAUUGAAAUAGCCCCUAAACAAGUAUUACAAAGGAAUAUUAAAGAGACUCUAGGAAAACAAAGUGUUGUUUUGCCUGCACUGCAAGCAGAGAAAGAUUAUGAGACCCUUUUUGCACUGGUAGAAAAUCUAUUCGAAGCGGGAUAUAAUCUCAAUUGGCCACACUUCUAUGAUGGCUUGAAGGCAAUUCCAACAGAAUAUCCAAGAUACAAAUUUGAUCGUCAGAAUCUUAACACAUACCUGAAAAGCAUUCAGCAGCAGCACAGCACACCCAAUUCUAAUCAUCCUCUCAUUAGCAGUGCAAAUAACAACUUGGAAAUCACCUGCACAAUAUCUCAGAAUACAGCACCCUAUGUUUAUGAGCACAAAAACAAUGGUGUACCUUUGGUUCCAGGGGCCCUUUUUGCUGAAGUUGGUUUAGCUUCAGUAAUGAUCAAUUCAAGACCUAAAAUACCUGUAAGUGCAUGUCAACUGAGUGUCAGUUUUUUAUCUCCCUGUGUGGUAAACCAAGGUUCCCUUGACUUGCGAGUCAAACUUGAAUUGAAAAACACAGCGACUGAAUUCAAAAUACUCUCUUCAUCCUCUGUAGUUAUUGCAGCAGGGCAAGUUACAAAGAUACCAGAAGGAAAUAUAAGUGAUAGCAAACUUCUGUCUCUUAGCAGCAUCUUCCAAAGGUGUAAGUCAGUCUUAGCCACGGGGGAAGUUUAUGAAAUCCUUUCUCUUGUUGGUUUUCAAUAUGGCAACAUUUUUAAACAACUAGGUGAUAUUUCAUACUGUGAUGAGCUAAAGGAAGGCAUAGCAACUAUUAGAGUAAAUGAGGCAACCAGAAGGGAAAUGUAUGACUAUCACAUUCACCCAGUACUGCUAGACUGCUUCCUGCAGAUGACAGCUGUUAUUGCCAGCAGAGGCAACAGAAAUGGAAGAAAGCCUGCAUUUCCUUCUUCCAUAGGCAGCCUUGUGGUCUUCAGACCCCUGGAAGAGGAAAUGGUGAUAUAUAUGAAAGCCAACAAGUCUACCGAGAACUACUUAGAAGUCUGUGGAUUUUUUACAGAUAAACAUGGCCAGGUUUUGGCAGAACUGAAGCACGUUGGGAUCACAUAUAUGACAAAAGCAUCUGCUAAUGAUGACUUCUUGUUUGAAAAUAAAUGGAUACCAAUCUCUCCAGUGCCAGUAGCUGAAUAUUCACUUGAAUCUCCUCAAUUCUUGGUGUUUGCUGACAAAUAUGGAAUAGCUCAACAGUUAAAAAAAUACUUGCACAGUCAAUCCAAGUAUAUUACAUUGGAGGAGUGGGAAACAAUUCAAAAAUUUGAAAAGUCAGAAAGAGAUAUGAUGAGAACAGCAACACAGGGCUUCCACAAUGUAAUAUUCAUGUGGGGAAUCCAAAAACUUAAUGAAAAUUCCCCAGGAACAGUAAUCAUGAAAGAGUCAGCAAAGUGUUGUGAGACACUUCGUCAAGUUGUCUUGGCCUUGAGGGAGCAGAACGCUCGUUGUUCUGUGACACUAGUCACUUACAGAACCGCAUCAAGCAUCGUUGAUCAUAUUAAUCCUGGUUUUGCUCUGUCUGGCAUGACAAGGUGCUGUUUUGUAGAAGUUCCAGACAUCACAUUUAAGAUGAUAGAUAUCAGUUUUACAACUACACAGGACAUAGCGAGUUUGGCAGAAGCUAUCAUUAAAUAUAAGGCGGAAGAUUAUCCUGAAGUCUGGAUUGACCAGGGAAGAAUGCACAUUACUGAAAUCAGGCAUACUCCCUAUAAACUCCCUUCUGACAGCCAACUUCCCAGGAGUCCACAGACUUCAGGAAUGUUUACUUUAUACACAGGAAAUCCAUAUAAGGCAAUAGAUCUGGCUGCUCAGGUAACAGAACCUGAAGUCAUUCACCUUGAAAACCACACUAUUGAAGUUCAAGUUGAGAGGAUAUGUAUCCAUUCAGAAGACUAUUUCCCUGUUAGCACCUCUAGUUCAACCUUUGGAAACUCUUUGUACUGGACAGAGCACACUGUGGAACAGCAUCAAUUGCUAGCCCUGGACUUCAGCGGUACAGUAACCAACAUAGGCAAAGGAGUGAAAGAAGUAAAGGUCGGUGAUCAUAUUGCCACAUGCUUUCCAGUUGUUGCAUCGUCAAGGGUCUUAAUUCCUGAGAUGACCUGUUUCAAAACCAAGAAAUUACCCAUUUUUAGAAAUACACCUUGUGUUUCAUAUUUCAUAAUAGCAUGGAAAAUUCUCUCUCAGAUAUUGCCAAAACCAAAGAAUCUCGCCCCUUUAUCUGUUAUCUGUACUCAUCCAGGAUCAAUUUUAGGCCAAGUGCUGACUUUGGCAGCCAAAGAUGUGGGCUGGAAAGCCAGUCUUCUCUCACCCUCUCCUGAUCUACACAAAACUGUGAAACAAUGUCAGGCACUCAUAUUUCUGCCUUCAUUAACUAACUUCUCCAAGGAAAUGCUGUCUGACCUUUCAAACCUCAGAGAUGUGGUAGUUUUACAUGGGAGUCACCAGCCUGAAUUUCUGCAGCAGCUACUUCAUAACAGUUAUGAUCAUAUCCAGGUUCACACCCUCAACAUCAGUCCGAUUUUUCAGAAAUCAACUUUAAUACGAAAUAAUAGAGCUAUCUCCCAGUGGGCAAAAUCAAUGACUUUUCCAAAGAACAUAAAUUUAACCUAUUCUAUUUUUCAUCCCAUUGGGUCUUUUGCCUUCACAGAGCCAACUUUUCUCUCCUACUUCACUUGCACAGUCCUCCCACUAGUUGUGUUGGAAGGAAGAUUACCAGAAACUGAAAUUUCAAACAUACCUAAGAAUGCAGCAAGAAAGAAACUAUUUCAGCCAAAUGCAGUGUAUAUUGUAUCAGGUGGACUGACUGGCCUUGGCUUUGAAACAGUCAGAUUUAUUGCCCAGAAUGGGGGUGGCUCUGUGGUGAUUCUUUCAAGAAGAAGUCCAAAUGCCGAGCAACAACAGGAAAUACAGUCUUUGGAAAAUCAGAAUAAAGGCUGCAAGAUCAUCAGCUUGCAGUGUGAUGUGAGUGUUCACUCUGAGGUGAACAAGGUGAUUAGUUCCAUUGGUAAUAACUUUCCAAAGGUUCCGAUCAAAGGUGUGUUUCACAGCGCAGUUGUGUUAGAUGAUGGACAUCUUGAAGCUCUGAACCUCACUCGCUUUGAGAAAGUAUUAAGUCCCAAAGUUGCAGGAGUAAUAAAUCUUCAUUGUGCUACUAGAGGGCAUGAGCUGGAUUAUUUUGUCUGUCAUUCAUCCGUUACCUCAUUCCUUGGGAAUGCAACCCAAAUGAAUUAUGCUGCUGCUAACUCCUUUCUAGAUAUCUUCUGCCAUUAUCGGAGGAACUGUGGUCUUGCUGGUCAAUCCAUCAACUGGGGAGCCUUGAAUCUUGGACUACUGCUAAACAAAGAGAAUCUUCAAAAGUUUUUAGCAAGCAAGGGAAUACUUACUCUUCAGAAAUCUGAAAUUCAUGAAUAUCUUGAAAAAGGCUUACUUCUAAAUAAUCCUCAGCAAGCAAUAGCUAAAUUUGAUGUAACAGGUAUGAAGAAGUAUUUCUUUAGUCAGGUUCCAUCUUUCAAAGUCCGAUUUGCUAAUCUUAUACAAAAGGAAUACAAAACGUUGGGUGAGACUAACACCGUGGCUCAUCAAGAUUCAUCUCAGAUGACAACUAAAGAUUAUAUCUAUUCUGUAGUAAGUGAACUCAGUAAUACCAAUCCAAAGGACAUUACAAUGAGCACUUCUCUCAUGUCACUUGGCAUGGACUCUAUGUCAGCUAUGACCCUACAAAAUAAGCUCUUCCAAGACAAAAAGGUGGAAAUUCCACUCAUCAGAUUACUUGACCCCAACACAACUCUGAUGACCAUUCAGUCACUUUUGGAGGAACAAUCAGAGAACAUGGUAAAUAAAGGAGUUGGUGAUAGAAAUCAAGACACUUAUUUUUAG